UGCUCCCGUGAAACUUUCGGCUCUCCUCUCUGUCUCUUUUCCGCAUUGUGGGAACAGGAACCUGGCGAUCACCUUCCCCGCCGCGAUCUACCCCGCCGCUCCGGACUUACCCCCGAAGGGCAGGGCUGUUCCCAUGAGCACGGAAGCCGCGGAGUGACAAUGACACAAACGACUGAAGUUGUCAAUCUUUCUUUCUUAUCUGAGAAAGAAAGAGAGCUCAUCCUUCAGGUUCUUCAGCGAGAUGAGGAGCUCCGGAAGGCAGAAGAGAGGCGUAUACGACGAUUGAAGAAUGAGCUUCUUGAUAUCAGGAGAAAAGGGGCGAAAAGGGGUAGCCAGCGGUACAGCGAAAGAAAUUGUGCCCGCUGCCAGCAGAACGUGGUCAGAUCAGGUGCCAAAGCCAACAUGUGUCGAGGCUGCAACCACUUGGUUUGUAAAGACUGCAGGAUGGAAACGCCCAGCGGCGGCUGGAAAUGCAACGUCUGCAUGAAAGAAGCUGAACUUAAGAAAUCAACCGGAGAUUGGUUUUACGACCAAAGGGUGAAUCGUUUUGCAAACCGACUUGGGAGUGAUUUGGUGAGAAUUUCUCUCAGACGCAAGCCUCUGGGAAACAAAAGGGAGACAACUGCACAAACCCUCCUUGAAUAUUCACAGCAGAUCAAUGAACCCAAAAUAAAAAAAGGUCAAAGGAGUCCACAAGAGAGACAAAAGACUUCUGGGUUGGUGACCAAUUCUCCAGAUCUGAGAGAUCAGAGGAGUGAUACCGAAUCCACGGAGCAGAUGAGUCUUAACAGUUAUAAAAUCGACUCAAAGAAGAGUACACCAAGCACGUCGAGGAGAAGUUCGCUGGAAAGAGCUACUACCCUGCAAGACACAAAGAGAACGUAUGGGACAAGCGGGCCCAAUGCAGCCACCCUGACCGUACCUUUCCGAUCCAGGGAUCACCACCUGUCUGACUCUGAAGGAGAGACUCGUCUGGGAAACCGAAGCGCAGGAUCAGCUGAUGAGAAUGAAACUAUCUUCAAGAAGAAUCCUCGUAGAGUAUUAAAGCCGUCGGACUACAGUAAGUCUGUGAUAGACCUGCGUCCAGGAGAGCCCCCUGCCGCUGGAAAUCCUAUGGGGGAUAGAAGCAAAUCUGUCCCUGGACUUAAUGCUGAAAUGGAAGAAGAAGAUGAGGAUAUUGAUAAUCUGGUGGAGAUCCAUCGUUUAACAACAGCCAGGAGCAGCUUGCGCAGCGGGACAUCCACCAGCACCCUCGGCAGCAUGAUGAGCAUUUACAGUGAAGCUGGUGACUUCGGCAAUGUGAUUGUAACCGGAGAGAUCAUUUUCUCCCUAAAAUACGAUGCCAAAGUACAAAUACUCAGCAUUCAUGUGAAAGAAUGCCGGAGCUUGGCUUAUGGGGAUGAUUUGAAGAGAAGGUCUAACCCGUACGUCAAGUCUUAUCUUCUGCCUGAUAAAUCACGCCAAGGAAAACGCAAAACUACUAUUAAACGCAACACAAUAAACCCUUUAUACAAUGAAAUUUUACAGUACUCUGUUCCCGAGUCUGCUUUGCUUAUGAGGACCCUGCAGCUGUCCGUGUGGCAUCAUGAUCGCUUUGGAAGAAACACGUUCCUUGGUGAGGUGAACCUCCCGUUGGACUCCUGGAACUUUGACAGUAUGACGGACGAGUGUCUCUCUCUGCAUGGGAAGGGCGGCGCAGAUUCAGGAAGCCUCUCCACCUACAAAGGGGAUUUGGUUGUCUCUUUGAAGUAUAUUCCACCGGUCAAAGUCUCUCGGGGAAGCGAAAGAAGAAAAAGUAAAGGGAAUGAGGGAGGAGAACUUCACGUCUGGAUUAAAGAAGCCAAAAACUUGACAGCUGUCAAACAUGGAGGAACUUCGGACAGCUUUGUAAAAGGUUACCUGCUACCACUUAGAAACAAAAUCACAAAGAGGAAGACCCCGGUAGUGAAAAAGACCCUCAAUCCUAAUUACAACCACACAUUUGUGUACACUGGGAUCAAGCCAGAAGAUCUUCAGAACAUGUGCCUGGAGCUGAGCGUGUGGGACAGGGAAGCGCUAUCCAGCAACGAGUUCCUUGGGGGAGUGAGGCUUAGCAAUGGAACUGGUCUGUGCAAUGGAGAACCUGUGGAUUGGAUGGACUCAACUGGGGAGGAAUUGAAUCUCUGGAAGACCAUGAGACAAUACCCAGGAUCUUGGGCCGAGGGGACACUUCCACUACGCCCGACCAUGGCCAAAGCAAACCCCUAAGCACCUGGGUCAAUCAAAGAGGGGCCAAAUUCAGAGCUCGAAAGUAAUUUUUGUCUCCCCAAUGCUCCAUUUAUUUGGCAACAUAGUACAUUAAAUUAAAGCUAAUAUGAAAAAGAAACAA